AUGCUUCGAACCAUAUCCCUCAAGCGCAAAGCGUCAUUUUCUGCAUUCCCAACUCCUGAUAUGACGCCGGUCGUCGCAGGACCGUCGGUGACAAUGGAUGAUGCACCGCAUAUGAACAGCCGGACACGAAAACGUUUUAGGGAUGACCGCCCAGAAGAGAAGAUAGUAUACGAAAACACCCUCCGAUGGCUCUACUCGGCCCAGCAGCGACAGGAGUCCGCCAUUGUAAAUACAAGCACAGAAGACGAGAACGAGAGUCUCGAUUCAGAACCGCUACCAACGCCGGAAACGAUUGACCCUCGGCAACAAACACUACACAGAUUUUUUAAACCUACUCCACCAUCUGCGCCCUCGCACACGACCCAACAAUCGGCUGGUCCGAUGCAGACGACUAAUGUAUUCCUACAACAAUAUUCUCAUAAUUUGAACUCGCCAGGUGUGUCAAUGGGAAGCGAUGAUGAUCGCAGUCCGAGUUCAAGGCCCAUGGGGGCCGAUACGGAUAUGGAUGUGGAUAUGGAUUCUGGGAGUGAUCAGUCUCACGAGUUUAAAGGGGGUGUUGCAGGUUUUAGAUGGAUGUAG